UUCAAGAAAAAGACUCUGGUUGGGCAAUAAAAAAUUUCAAUUAUUUUGAAAUUACUAUAAUAAAGCUAGAAAACAUUCCUGCUAGCGGAUACAUUCAGGCCCCGAAGAAUAUAAGAGCCCGAAAUGCACUUAUAAACGUACAGAAUACUGACGUAUUUUGUUUCAAAUGGUGCAUACUGGCAUUCAUAGCUAACAAAACUCAUGAGAGUGCUACCUUUAUAACAGCAAAGCAAAAAAAGUAUUCACGAGAGAAAAUGACAAAGCCCACAACUUACCACAUUAAUAUUAAUAAUGAAAUAAUUGUAUAUGACGGAAUAAGAUUGGAUUUUUCAGGAAUCGAGUUUCCAAUAACGAAUAAAGGGAUUAUCCAUUUCGAGAAAAAUAAUAAAGACUUCAGUAUAAAUGUUUAUGAGAUCGACGCUGAUGGUGAUAAAAUUAUCGGCCCAACGUUUAGAACCAAAUGUAUUCAAACCAACCACAUCAAUAUAUUGGGAAUAAAUAACGUAAACCAGGACAGUAUGCAUUACGCUUACAUUACAAGUGUAAAAAGAUUAUGCUACUCACAGCAUUCCAAGGCAAAAUCAGGAGGAUAUUUUUGUGAUAACUGUCUACAGUUUUUCACAGUUAAUAAUACUACCCACAACAAACUUGAAUGCGGAAAAGUGGCCUCGUUUUACCCUGAACCAAACACUACAACUUCAUUCAAGGGCUUUCAUAAAAAAUUAUCUCCUCCGGUGGUGAUAUAUGCCGAUAUUGAGGCUGUUCUUGAAAACUAUAGAACAUGCCUAAAUUCGUCUUCAACAUCGUCAACAACAAAAGUGCAGAAGCAUACUGCAUGUGCCGUAUCAUUUUAUAUAGCACAUAAAUAUAAUCCGGAUCUUAACGAAUUGUGGACAUAUGAAGGCGCUGACUGCAUACAAAAAUUCUGCAAAUCACUAAAGGAAAAAACUUCGAGCUUGUUUUACAUGUACUGGUCGACCCCCAAAAACCCGAUUGCUAGCACAAUCCAUGAACAGGAAGGAAAUUGCUGUGCCUGUGAAAAGGAAAUAAACGCUGACGAUCUGGACAAAUAUUUUGAUCAAUUUUCUGGAAAAUACAUGGGUCCCAUUCAUAAAAAUUGUAAGCCAAAGUACAAAUUAAGUGAUCCCUUCUUUCCUGUAGUAUUUCAUAACUUAUCUAAAUAUGACAUACAUUUAUUCAUUACUGAAUUAGAAGGAGACUUAAGCCCUAUACCCUGUAAUAAAGAGCUUUAUAUAGCGCUAACGCAGACAAUUAAAAUAAAUGCAUCAAAUAGAUAUAAAAUAAGAUAUAUCGAUUCGAUUAGAUUUUUAAAUUCUAGUUUAGAAAAACUAUCAAGCUACAUGGAGGACAAAGAUUUUAAAAUUCUAAGUACUAAAUUUCAGGGAGAAAAAUUUAAGCAAAUGCGUAGGAAGGGUGUCUUCCCUUACGACUAUUUAGAUACGAGUUAUUCGAAGUAG